GUCAUAUUUACUGUACAUAAAAAUUGUACACGUUGAACUUUAUGCGUAUGCCGAGAGCGUCACCGGCAGAAAUAUGGGGAAUUUCUUUUCUAAUAUAUUUAGCAGCCUCUUUGGCACGAAGGAGCUCCGUAUCCUGAUUCUUGGUCUGGAUGGUGCGGGAAAGACGACGAUACUCUACAGACUACAGGUUGGAGAGGUGGUCACUACCAUCCCAACUAUUGGAUUCAACGUUGAAACAGUCACAUAUAACAACCUCAAAUUCCAAGUGUGGGAUCUUGGUGGACAGACAAGCAUUAGGCCGUAUUGGAGAUGUUACUAUUCAAACACAGAUGCUAUUAUCUAUGUUGUUGACAGCUGUGAUCGGGACAGGAUAGGAAUAUCAAAGUCAGAGCUAGUCACCAUGUUAGAGGAGGAAGAACUAAAGAAAGCGAUGCUGCUAGUCUUUGCCAACAAACAGGACAUGGACGGUGCCAUGUCGCCGUCGGAGGUUGCGAAAGCCCUCGGACUUCCCGCCUUGAGGAAUAGGAAGUACCAGAUCUUCAAGACGUCAGCUCUGAAAGGGGAGGGACUUGAGGAAGCGAUGCAGUGGCUAGUCAAAGAACUGAAAUCAACUUCAUAACACAGGCUGCCUCCGGUACCCCCUUCCUUCAUCACAUCCCCCGAUAUUUCUCUUCAGAAGUUUGUUAACCCGUUACCUACCGGUACCAUUUGAUCCCUGUAUAAAGCCUAUUGGAAUGACAGUGCUUGGGAGUUAACAGGUUAACAAUAGUGUAGCGAUGUGUGACGCCAUCAAUUUGGCUGUAUGCAUUUCAGCAUUUUCAUGACCAUGUUUUUCAUAGAACAGGGAAUCAAACAUCAAACAAAAAACUGAAAUCAAACAUUGAUAUUUUAUGAUGGCCCAUGGUACAAUGGAACCUAAUAUGCCCCAGUGAAUUAAGUGUAAAUUGGCACGGUUCAUUGCUAUAAGGAGCCAGAACAGUUAACAUAGUGCAAAUUGGAUGUUGAUGUUUGUAGAGCUCCCUUUCCCAAAGUUAACAUAGAGGGCCUCCUGACUCCCAAUCCCUAACCCAGUGCCGAUCCUCACAUCUUCCCUUGUAUCCUUGAUGAGGAUGGGAUCGGCACUGGGUUAGGGAUAGGGAGUCAGAAGAAGGCCCUCUAUCUUAGCUUUGGGAAAGAAAGCUUAUCAACGUCCAAUCUGGACUACAGUUAUCACUGAUUUCAGUGGGGCUCCUAUGUAGGUAUUCAUAUAGCCAUAUCCUAGGGCCAAGUGGAACCAUUCCCGCCAAAUCAUGGUUGUGGCUCUUUUUCAUCAUGCUCCUCCGAGAUAUGGCAUCAAAAAGCAGUCAAAUGGAAAAAAGGAAAUUGUGACGCCAUCGCUUCGCUACUGUAUGAUGACUUACACCACCACUUCCUCUUCGGAUAUUGGGAGAGAAAAACAAGUGAAGAGAUUGAACGUCUGGGAGCAACAGGAAAGAAGCGGCAUCCAAAAUUGGAAGAUCUUGGCCCCAUUCUGCGUUUUUUCCGUGGUAAUUCCCUCAUUCCCACAAUCAUGGAAAAUCCUGGAAAAAAUUUUGGUCAUGGAAAGUCAGGGAAUUUGGAAAAUUUGUGAAAAGUCAUGGAAUUGCAUUUACCUCUUGGCUAUGGCAGCUUUCCAGUUUGUCGUGUCUCGCAACUCUCAUACUCUGUGAUCGUACUCUGCUAUUAUAAUUGGUGUUCAUGGUUUCCAUUUUUCCCAGUUUUGUGACAUCAAAAAUUCUACAUGACUCCCGGGACGUCACAGGAAGUCAUGGAAAGCAGCAAUUUCAGUCAUGGAAUUCUGUUUUCAAAUUUCUGUGGGGACCCUGCUUAUUGUUUACUCUUGUUUUGUCUGAUUCAUGAGAUAAUGGGAGAAGAAGGGAGGAUAUUGAGAGGGAGACUCUUAAAGGGGUUGCAAAUUUUAUUUUUGUUACAGGAGAGCCCCGUCUUACAAAGAGUCGUGGUUGAUCUGAUCAACCAUAGCCAUUGAAAGCCAGCAAUGUCAUCAUCUAAAUGAAUAAUGUGAUCUUACAAAGUUUUUUAACAUCAUGUGUACUACUCAUGCAUGCAUCAUCGUGACAAAUAAUCUGUGUACUCCUCAAUCUUUCCAGACGGACAUUGCGUACCUCUCCUGUUAUGGCUUUGUUGGCUUUCCAUAGUUCAGAUUGAUGAUCUUCCACACUGUUUUCUGCAUAUGAUGUUUAUUUAUGCAUGCAUCAUUGACUUUACAAAUCGGUGUACUGCUCAUUCUUAAAGGGACAUUGCAUACACUUUCCAGUUUGAAGUCUUAUGACAUUGAUGGCUUUCUAUAGUUUAGAUUGAACUGAAUCACUCAAAAGUCUUUGUGAGACAUGGUCCUCCUGCUCUGUACUACAUUUCAGAGCCACUAUUGGAAUCUCACUGGGAAUUUUCUUUCAUCUUUCAUCCAUUUCAUGAAUUAUAAACAAAACAAACAAUGAGGAAAUUAUGAGAGAAAGGGCUGCAAGGUGGCUCCCUGCCAGAGAUCUAGCCAAAUGUGGCUUCAUAUAUAUGUUUGAGGAGGUUCCAAUAUGAAGGAUCAGAGGCUUGGGUCUCUAAGUUUCUUUGGGCUUUGGCUUGACGAAACCUUUCAAAUUAGUGUUGGAUUUAGGGUUAUGUGAUUUCAACUUCUGUUGGUGUAGUGGAAGACACCCUUAUGAUUCCGGCAGUGCAAUGAAUGGAAGGGAAGUCCGGUUUAAUCUAAACUCCGGUCUCAAGUUGUGGUUUAACUAUGGAAAGCCAAUUGCGACAUUAAUCUCUAACAGUAGAGGUUCAGAGUAUCAGCUCAUUUGAUUCUCAAAUCAUUCUUAACUGAUUGGGAAGGAGAAAUAUUAAAAGAUAGUUGUCUUGAUUGUUAAAAGAAUUAGGAAAGAACACAGUAAACACAAGAAACAUGUACCAUGUGAACAAAUAGCCAUGGUUUAGUUAAAAAAAAAUAUGGAGUGCCAUUCGUCAACUCAUCAACUAAAAAAUAUUCUUAUCCUGCUGUAAAAACAUUGUCCGAAAAUCAACUGAGUCACGAAAUUGGAUGAAUAGGAAAAUCUAAGAAUAUGAAUUUUAAUGAAUAAAUUAAUAGUUGAUACAUCAUAAUUUCUACUGAUAUAGAAGAAAUAUUAUAAAGCCCAGCAUUCCAUAGAAGUGAGGUUUAAUCAUCAGAACACCACCAAUGGAAUUUAACCUGUAUAUUCUAUAUCAAGAGAUAUAGUAUACACCGCCUUUCGUUGCUUGAAUAUUUUUUUUUAAAGUAGAUAUGGUUAUUAUUGUCAUAGCCUUAUGAAAGUCAACUAUAAUCACACAUAAUUACAUUGUUUUUCUUCCCAACUCAUUUCUUAUUCUUCAAUAACAAAUUAUUUAGAUUCUGUUUGAAAAUGGGUAAAGAAGAACAUUUGACAAUGAAAUAGCAGAGGUGCCAGUCUUGCAGCGUUUCCCUGACUUCAGGCCCUGUAAAUGUCUGUUUCAAGCUUUUUAUGGAUUUAUUAUGUACAGCACAUGACUUUAACAUGUUGCUGCUCCUUUUCAGGCCGAGUUGGUAAAGUUGGGUGGCAUUUGUAAAACUGGCAGGAAACAAUAGCAGAAUUAGAAGGGGAUUCUUUGUUCAUUUAUUUGUUAAUAAAUAUUAAGUAUAUGAAAACUAUCAUUCCAUAGAAAUAUGGAGAACAAUUCCUAGUCGGUCUUAACUUAAAUCCGGUUUAGCUGAUAUGAGAAUGCUGUUAAACUCACAGGCCCGUAUUCUGAAGUCGGGUUUAAAUCAAACCCUGGUUUAAAGUUGUGGUUUAACUAUGGAGAGCCAAUUGGGGCACAAACCCCUAACAGUACACAUCCAAUUUAUUAAGUCAUAUGACACCCAAAUUGUUCACAAUUGUCUGGGAAUGAUUACUGAAGUAUUUUGAUGUAUAUUUCCUCAUUAUGAAAGCAAAAGGAAACAAAACAGCAAACAUAAAAAUACAUAAUGUAAACAGAAUUUUGAAUUUUUUGCUCAUCAUAAUUUUAGCACAGAGGUAGACAGUGGUCUAAUUUAACCCUGAUUUCAAAAUACGUGUCUUAGGUUUACAUGAAGUGGUGGUGUGAGUCAAGCCAAGAGGUGAUUUAUAAUGACAAUAAAAGUUGUGUAAGAAAUUGAUUCCUGUAAAUAUAUAUCUACAUCUUUCUUUUAUCUGAAUUCUAGUAUUUUAUUAUAUUUUGUAGUGAUGUCUUUUGGUAUUGCAUCUUUGUGAAGUAAACUAAGAAACUGUUUGUAUGCUGUAAACUUAUAUCUGUAUGAUACGUAGGAGAGAAAAAGGUUGUUGGUGAUUGUUAAGAACGAGAAGAGGUAUUCAAUUAAAAAAGUAUUUUGUACAUGUAAUUUGUCCGCUUUGAACUAAUUGGCUAUCAUGAGACCCAUUGCCAAAAUAGCAAACAUGACUGAACACUUUCCAUAUGAAGACAUGUUUGCCUUCUGAUAUAUUUUUGUUGAUAAAUUGUUAAUUUUAGCUGUCUCCUUUCUACCAAUCAUCAUGUCUGUCUUUUUAAUAGUCAAGAGACAUUUGAUUUAUAUGUGCUUUUUAUUUCAUCCAAAAGUAUAACUUAUCUCAUUUGUAAAUGAGUAAAACUGUCAUGUCUGUCCAUCAGUGGAUGUUUCAUUCUGAAAAACAUCUUUGUUGAACCCAAUUACCGUAUGUAAAUCUAAAAAAAAAAAAGUGCGAUUAUGUUUCAAUGAUUUUGGAGUAACUCGUGCUUAAAAUCCAUUAUUAUUACAUUUCCAUAUCUUUUUUUAGCUAGUAUUUAUUUUGAAUUCAUGAAAAAAAUAUGUUACAAGUCAUUACUCUAGUCUCAAUAUAUGAAAUUUCCAAUGUAGUUUCUUGUUAUUUGUGUUGUAAUAUUCAAAAUGUAUUUCAGCAUUUUGUAGUUAUAAUUUAUGUAUAUGUAUAUUAUAGAUAAUGAUAUCCCUACCAUGUCUUAAUUAUUCAUUUAUAUAUUUAAAUCAAGGACUUCUUGUCACUGUAGAAUAUAUUUCAUGUUUCUUUUCCUUAAUUAUGUCUUAUUUGAUUUAUAAUGAUAAUUAUUAUAUCACACUAAAAGUGUAAUUUACUGAUGCCAAUGAAAUUCCAUUUAUUUAUGUGUUUCAUUGCUACUGAACAAGAUGGCAGCUAUAUGUCGGAAUCUUUACAAUUUAAUGGAGUUCUUUUUAAUUUUAUUUUUUCCAUGAAAAGUUGUAUUUAUGUGGAAUACUAGUGACGCUAAUUAAAGGGGAGGUUCACCCUGACAUAUAAAGGUUUAUUGUAAAAAU